AUGACGGACAUUAGCCAUUUCCCGAAUCUCAACCAGGCCGAAUUUGCAGAAGCCUGUCAUUUACUAGAUAGCAGAUACCGCCAGGCUACACUCGGCCCGCUGCGACGAAGAUGGAAGCUCAAUGUCUGCACGGCGCUGGCCACGUCCUUUUCGCACGAGAACGACGGCUACACUACCUUUCUACAAAUCGUCCGCCCGCUGGAAGGCGACGUUGAUCUGCCGUUUGACCUGGGCGGCUUCUCAAUAUCCGGAGACGCUACUGAACACCUGACCAAUGCGCAAGACGCCGAGAUGAUGGAAACAGAAGAGUCGGACAAGCAUGUUAUCCCAACCCAAAACGCCAGUUCCGAUAUUGGCUACGUCACGUAUGAGAUUCACCUUCAUCCCACGUAUCGUGUGCCGUGCCUGUGGUUUACCCUGCAUGGGCUGCCCGAGUCUGAGCCGGCGUUCAACGUCGACACUGUCUUUCGCCGGCUGGUCCCUGAUGGCCAUAAAGAUACCCUCCGCGCGGGCCUGGGCAUUGGUGCCAUAUCCACAGAUCACCACCCCGUCACUGGGCUGCCUUCCUUCUUCAUCCACCCCUGCCAGCUGGCUGAUGCCAUGACACCGUUUCCGUGUACAAAGCGAGACUAUCUCAUCAUAUGGCUCGGAAUUGUCGGUGGCUGUGUCAGCCUCUGGGUACCCAAUGAAUUGAUGGUGUAG